AUAAACCAUUGUGUAAGAUUUCUUUACAAGAAGAAACUCAUCUUGCUAAGAGUUUAGUAGAAUUUUUGUUGCAACAAAAUAAUGAAUUUGGUGUUUUAGCUGAAGAAUUAGAGAUAGUUAGACAU